AUGUUUUCGUUGGGCGUGGUGGAACGCUCCUGGGAGGAGGAAGGUGAACGUGUGCAGCAGCAGCAGCAGCAGCAGCAGCAGCAGCAGCAGCAGCAGCAGCCGGUGCCAAUGAUGAACAAAAGUGGUGAAUAUGUAAUGGAAUCCGGGGCUGCGUUGACGUUUACGCCGCAGAUGCGCAGCAACUUCCCCGGACAAGUGGGCCGACGUUCGCCGCCGUUUUUUGGCAGCACUCCGCCGCCGUCGCAGCAGCAGACGUCAUCCGCAUCAUGGUCGCGCUAUACAGCACUGGAUUUUGAACUUCUUUUGCACGAGGGAAGACAACCAACAGAAGACAUGCGUCGCUCAGUGGCGUAUACGAGAUGGUACAACAGCAAGCGUUUACAUGAGAGUCAGUUGCUUCCGCCACUGACAGACCCCCGCUACAAUUCAAGGGAUAUUAUUGAGGAACCAUGGGAAAACACCUCCGCAGUGCGUAUGGCGGGGCCAAUGAAUCUGGCUGGAGGGGGUGUGGUGGAAGCUGGGAAGGGAAACUUUCGCUUAGAGCUGGAUGCAAAGAACCUGCAGCAGGCCCAAGAACAGCACGCUUUUAACCCCUAUGCAGCCGCGUUUCAACAACAUGAUGAUAAUAUGUUGAGCCCAGGGACACAGUUCUUUGGGGCGUAUGCGCCAACACCGUUAGCAACGACGGCCACGCCGAAUACGUUACGUGCUUACGCUCACUCUCGCAUGGGGGCACAGAAUAGCAGUGCUGUUUCCAAUCCUGAGCGUGACAUGCCCCAAGCCGUACCCCCUAUGCCCACCCAAACUCUCUAUACUGAAUGGAAUACCACGACGGACUUUUGCCGGGGAACCAAUGCGUUGCCAAGUGUAAAUCAACAAUACUAUACACAAGAGCCUAUGAAUCCCUUUGAAUAUUAUACAGACUCUACCAUGGCCGGUUGUUACAACGCAGCUGUGACUGGCAUGCCGGAUCCGGCAAAUGUGCAGUCCGCAUUUAUGACGAUGGUACCUGUCACUGACUCAAGUGCCAUGCGGGGUGGUGGCCGUAGUAGGCGGGGUGGUGGAGGUGGCGGAGGCAGAGGACGUGGGGCAGGCAGUGGAAAAUGGAACCCUGUUGGUGGAAAAUCGUCAGGCCGUGGUACAUCCUACAGCGAACCGCUUCAACCACGUUCUGCGCGUCUGGAAGAAUUUCGUCUAGAUGCUAUGAACGGGACAGUCAGUCAUUGGCACAUUUCUCAUAUUUUGGGCUAUGCGGUGGAAUUUGCCCAGGACCAAGAAGGUAGUCGAUUUAUUCAGAGGGCUGUGGAAAGUGCAACCCAUGAUGAGGUGGAUGCUCUCUUCCAUGAGAUCUUUGAAUCCCCACUGGAACUUGUGACGGACAUCUUUGGCAAUUAUGUGUUACAAAAGCUUCUUGAAGUAGGUAAUGCACGGCAGCUUGCAUACGCAGCUACGCGAUUCCAAAACAAUGUGGUGCCUCUUACCCUUCAAACGUACGGUUGCCGUGUAAUUCAAAAGUGUAUUGAGGUGAUGCCACCUGAAGGACUAGACAUUAUACUGGCGGAGCUUAAGGGAAAUGUGGCGAAGUGCAUUCAAGACCAAAAUGGAAAUCAUGUUGUGCAAAAGUGUGUGGAAGUUACUCCGCAACGUUGUGGAUUUAUUGUACAAGCCUUUACAGGACGUGUGAUGGAGCUGGCAACUCACGCCUACGGUUGCCGUGUAAUUCAGUGUAUCAUGCAACACUGCCCGGACCAAGAGGAAACCAUUUUUUCGGAGUUAUUAAAAUGUGUUGAUACCCUGGCAAAGGAUCAAUAUGGAAACUACGUCAUUCAACACGUGCUACAAAAUGUGAAGGAUGAGGAUAAGGUGACUCGCGUUUUCAAUGCACUAAAAAAGAAUUUUUACGAGUUUAGCAAGCAAAAAUUUGCCUCUAAUGUCAUGGAAAAAAUCUUUAUUCGCGCUGACCCGAGACAACGCACCGAAAUUAUUCAAAUGCUUUGCUUCCCUGUGGAAGGUCUAGAAGUGUCACCUGUGGAAGUUUUGGCCUUUACACGUUCAGCCCCAGUAAAGAAGGACGAGACAGAGAAGCACCGUAAUGGUUACCCGAAGAAGGGUCGACGUGAGAAGGAGCGUGAACGUGAAAGAGAGAGUACCGGUGGGCCAGUGGUAGAGGUGCACUCGGACGGCAAAGAGCCACCAAGCAUGCUGUGUCUCAUGAUGCAAAAUCCUUAUGCCAAUUACGUUGCCCAGCGAGUCCUAGAUGCGUGUGAUGCGGAGCAAUUUUGGUCUCUUGUAAACAAUAUUCAGAAGUAUCUGAUACCCAUCAGUACCUACACGUACGGUGCACCCAUUGUGCAACGCCUGGUCCGCCGCGAACUGGUGAAGGCUCCCGACGAUCUCGUCUUCAACCUCGCUACCGCCCAUUCAGGUGCCGGGGGGAAGGGCAGCCACGCCCAUCACCGCAGGAAGGUUGCUGAAAGUGACAACGCCGCGUAG